UAAGUCCACGUGGAGAUGACAUCCCAACUAUUCUUUCUUUCAUAGCCCUUGAAAUAUCAUCACCAUAAUUACUUGCACACAACGAAUUUGUGAAUCAUCAAGAACCAAAUGGACAAUUUGACAACACCCAUCAUCGUCAUGGCCAAAUCCAAUGUCUCUGCCUGAUCUUCAAGAGAGUCAUUGGAAAACAAAUUUUGACUCUAUAACAUUGUAGAGGCCGGUGAUUUCAUCAAUAAGGGACUGUGAAUGGUUUUCCCCUGGUAUAUUUGAGAUCAUACUAUCUAUAAACUUUUCAAAUAAGUUUUAGCAAAAAGAAAAAGGUCAAAUAGGCUCCAUAAGUAAUAUACACAUCGUCCAUACAAAAACAAAUCUCAUGAAGCCAGAUUAUCACAUUUAAAUCACUGUAGGAGCAUGACAGCAUGAAAACCAUUAGACAACUAAUAAUUAUCCCUUAUGCUAAAUUAUUAUUUUUGAGAAUGUUACUAUAUCACAUUAAAUUGAUUUGCUGCGAUAAAAAAAAAUAUAAACGAGUGAUGAUGAUAAUGCUACUACCAAAAUUAUAUUUAGAUUUUAUUAUUUUACAAAGUGUUUGGAAAUUAUUUUUUGACUUGUUUUGAGAGGCUGUCCCCAUCUUUUUUUGGCAGAAUGGAUAGUGUCACAAAAUUUUUACGACAGUUCAAGGCUCGAUUCUUCUAAUUUCUAAACAAUUGAUUUAUAUAUAGACAAUUUCGCUGUUUAGUUAUCAAAUAGCGACUUGGAUAAAAAUUCAAAUAAAUAGAACCAUAUAUAGGCGGAUUAAAUAUGUUAUCUUGCAUUUCGAGGUGACGCAAGUCGACCACACAAAUUGUUCUUCUACCCUCCAAUGAUACUAUAUUUGCAAGCUAUAUAACACAUUAUGUGCACACAACACAAGUGUCCAAAACUUGAGAUUUGAUCGAUUUAUUUAUUAAUUUUUAUGAAGUCCAGCUGAUAAAACUAAAGCCAAAAAUAUAAACUAUAUGAACCCUUUGUUGUAGUAUGUAUAUAUACGUCGACCUAACAAUAUAUUCAAUUCGUCUCGGAUAUUAUAUAUAUUUCCAACUAUUUAAUACAUAUAUAGUAUCUUGCUAUCUAUAGAAAUUUUCCGAGACGAAUACAAUUACAAAAUAUAGAAGAAAUUUACGAUGUCAACAAAUAGAACCUAAUAUUAGGAUAUUUGCAGUAGUAUCUCUUACAAAAAAAAAAUUCAACACGAAAUGAUCUUAAUAUUUGCUUUAGUAUACAACUGUUGAUGUAGAUAACACCAUUUCAUGAGUAACAAAAACUCUACUUCCAUUGUCGAAGAUUACAAAUCAAGCCCUAUACUAUAAAUUAAAUCCACAUAUCAUGUUGUAAGGUUAUUAGCCAUUUGAAAAGAAAAUCCACAUAUUAUGUUGUAAGGUUCUUACAAAUAAUAAUAUUAACAUCCUAAAUUGUUGCGGCAGCAACUGAAAUAUAAAAUAAAUAAUUGAAGUCUAUAUUUUAUAUAAGCUAUACUGUACUAUAUAGUUAUAAUAAGUCCACCCACUUGAUUCCGAAGCCUACAUUACUAUUUAACUUAAAAGUUUUCUAAUACACACCAAUUUUUAACAUUUAAAUUAUAUAUAUUUGUGUGUAGAAAUGUUUAAAUAUAGACCUUAAAUAUAUACGCAUGACUGAGAAAUAGUGGUGGUAGCCAUGACUUUGAGCAAGGUUGAAUGACAUCAUCAUCAUUACAGCACUAUGCUAUACAUAUUAUUUUUGUAAUUUUCCCAAUAAUAUAGUUUUCAAGGAGCAUAGUGUGGGUCACACUAUCUAUACUGAUCGAACGAAAAAUAGAAAUAUUAAUGAUGAAAAUACAAUUCGAGAAAAAUGACAAUAUUUGAGUUAAGGACACAUGGAAUUUCUCAGGUAUGAUCUUGUUACUCGUAUUUUCCAUAUAACAUUAGGACUGAUCAACUGCAUCGAUGGGACAGUGAUUCUGUCUGUGUGUAUCGAUGGUUUAAAAAGGCCUGGGCUGGGUCCACAUGACCCAAUAAGAAGAGCCUGUGAUGUCAUAAUUUACGUCAUAAUCCGUCACCGAAGGAUCCGUCUUCUUCGCUUUUAAGUGUUUGCCUUCGGAAGCAAAAGUCAACCUUCCUAAGCUACGCCCGCGUAUAUAUUAGAACCUACUUCUAUUCUAUUUGUGGGGUCCACGCGCCAUACCAGAAUUUAUAAAAGAAAUUCGACAGAAUACAAUAAAUAAAACCUAAGAACAGCAUUAUUUAUGAGUAUUAUUUAUCCCUAAUUAUAUUCCACAACUUUUUUUUUUUUUUUUGUAAAAAAUAUAUUCCACAACUUGCGUUCGACAUGUCAUUGUAUAUCAUACUGUAUAUAUUAUCGGGAUGAUUUAUUCCUAUCCAGUUUCUACCAUCUAUUAAUGCAUAUAUACAGUAACGAAGGUUGUAAAGUUUUAUUGGUUUUACUUUUUAAAAAAAGUUUUAUUUGUUUUUCUUUUUGAGUAAAUAAUAAAACAGAUACUGUAAUAUACGGGUAAAUGAAAAAAAAAUCGAAUUUGCAAUAGUUGGUCAACUAUGAGUUAAUUGUUUUAGAAAUUGAUGAUUGGGUCGGUAAUUGGUUGCGAAUAUUGACAAACGUGUACCGAGUUACUAGUAAUUAAAAUACAUUCGAUUUGAUCAAAACAUGUCAACCUUCAAUGAGAAGAUGACGAGCUAGUUUCAAAAAAAAUGACGAGCUCGAAACAUCAGUGUAUUUCAAAAAUACUAAUAAUUCAAACACAAGAUAUACUAAUAUGAUAACCUAUUAGUACGUCUACUUUUAAAAUACUUUUUUGGAGUUGUUUGGAUUUUAGUUAUUUGAUUUUUUUGUGUUACAAGAUAUGAUAAUUGCAGUCGAUCCAUAGGUAGUUCGGUUUAAUAUGGUCUUUAUCAAUGCUGGGAUUUCUUGAGAAAAAUCAUUAAUAAUUUUAGAAGUUAUACAGCCAAUUUCUAUUUUUUUGUAUGUAUUUUUGUUUUGUUUUAUGGGCGAUUGUUUUUUUUUUCUGUUCAAACUGGUUCCAUUAAUAUGAUUCAAACAUAAUAGUCUCUGCAUACAAUUUUCUGGUUAAUGGAUUCCUCUGGGUUGUAUUUAGCGGAAUUUAACCUGGAAAAGGUAAAAAGCAUGCAUAUAUGUUGAUAUGCAGCACAUUCUGAAUAGAUGCUGCUGUACAGUAAUGAAAAAAUAGUUAUCAUCGAUGAGAUUUGAGUAUGUGAUAUUGACACAAUAAAUAUACUGGUGAACAGAGACAAUUAGACGGUUAUGUUAGUUGAAGAUUAGGUGUCCUAUCCUUCUUUUCAAAGAAACCCCCCAAAGAACAACUUAAAAAACUAAUCAAACUGUUAUUAAAAACCAACUAGACUUUUUGAGAAACCCCAAUUAGAAUCAUCAUAUCACAAAAGCCAACUGGUAAUAUUUUUUCUUAAGUACCAGCUAGUAUUUUCGCUCAUCAUAUCACGAAACUUUGUACUAAUUUCGUCAAUAUCUUGUUUCAUUUAUAAAUUCGUAUUGAUUUGUUUAGCUGCAUUGGUAAAGAAUAGUUCUUGUCAUGCUACAAAAAGUCUGAGAGAUUUUUUUUGAUACGUAUAUAUAAUAUUAUUGAUCAAAUGAUACUAUCUAGGCCGAAAUUUUAAAUAUACAGCGGCAGUUAUAAUUGACACUCUUCUAAAAUUUUUAUAAUAGGAAUACUCAAAUUAUGUUCUUCCUAAAAAAAGAAAUGCUCAUAUUAUGUUGUGUAGUUAGAAAAAUAUUUUUAAAACAGUUCUAUUAUUUUGUGUAGUUAGAAAUAUAUUUUUAAAAAUGCUCUUAAAAAAACUUUUUUUGUGUCGGUACAUCUAAAAAAUUAAUUAGGACUAUUUGACUUGGUCUUUUUCUAAUGAUUCCAAAUUCCAAUAUUGGUAAAUGGGUUCCGUCACCACAUAAUUGAGCCAACUUUUAAGAAAAGGCAUAUACUUUUUUACGACUAAAUAUACUCAUUCAAACUAGAAUUAUACCGAAAUAGAUGCGAUUAAAUUAGUAAAGACUGGAGAUUAAUAUCCUAAAUUGUAACUCCUAUACAUACAGUAUAAAUUCGUUUAUGUGUAUAUAAUGUAAGUAUGAAAUAGUUUAAACUUUUGCUAUAGAAUACAAUAUUUUCGUAUUUUUAAAAUAUCAAAAAGGACAGCGUACAUUAUUUUAUUCUUAAACCAAUAAUAAAAUUCCAAUUCUAAAAAUCAAAUCAAGAUUUAACUACGUUAAUGUUACUCACAGUUCUUUUACAUCCAAUAUUCAAAACUAAAAUCUUAUAAAUAUUACAUAUCUAAUUCAUUUAUAAAAUAAAUUGUAUUAUUUUACAUGUACUUUAGUUGAAAAUUAAAACUAACCAAACUUUAGUUUCUACUUUUUGUUUGUUAACGGGUUUUCUAUUGCUCCAUAUCUACAUACUAUAAAUCUCAUUUUUGUUUGAUUUAUUUAUUUAAACAUUCUCGUAAAUAUACCUUUGUAAAAAAACUGAAAUUAACAUUUUUUUAAUAACACCAACAUUAACAUACAUUUUAAGAUUUUGUUUUGGUAAAAUACGUUUUAAGGAUUUCCUUAGAGACUGAUUCCUUUCAGUAUGAUAAUACAUUAUGAAUAGUUAAAUUUUAAGAGGGAUUCAGUAAUAUGGGUCCACAUUUAUAGCACAGCUUCAAACGUUUUCUUUCCCACGACUCUUUAUUUUCUUUCUCAAAGGAUCUUUUUUUUUUUUGUCAAAAGGUAGAGAGAUGUUGGUCAUUGUGGCAAUGGAAGCCGGCCAUUUUGUUGUGGAAAUCUAAAGAAGCUAUAAGCCUAUAACUAUAAGGGCAUAGUCAUAUGAAACGAAGGAUUAAAAACGAAUUGAUUCUCUAAAGAAAGUGCAUUAACCAUAAUACUAUUCGACAGAGGUGUCACCAUAUGAUUUUUUUUGUUCAACAUCACCAUAUGAAUUUUAUCUAGCUUCUUUGUAAUUAGAGUAAAUGAUAGGAUUUAUAAAUCCAAAAUUUGAUAUUAAGCGGCAAGUUCUAAAAGUCUCCCACUAAAUUAACCGUUAUUUCUUAGUUAAAAAAUACUAUUAAAACAAUAAAAAUAAAAUAAAUAUUACAAUUAUUCAUAGUAAAAAAAUGAAACUAGAAUAAGAAAAAAAAACAAUAAAAUAGAGAAAUUUAGUAACAUUACUAAUUAGGUGUAGAAAAUAACGGGUUAUUUACAUUAAUACAUAUAUACACAUGCGAAUCUCCCUGAUUUUCAUAAAUGUAUCAUGUAGUAAGAUAUUUUAAGCAUUUUUAUGUGGGGGCUUUUUCAACAAUUCAGGAAGUUGCUUAGAGCUUACGUGUCUUUGCUACAUCACCAAAAAAAAAGAAGAAGACAAUUCUUGGUUUUAAUUAUUUUUAAUUCAAAGCUCUUAUCCUUCCCUUUGUAUAAAUAAGCCAAAUGUUUUCCUAAAUUUUCAAAGUUUUAUUUCCAUUUCCUUUAACUGUCUAGUUCCUUAAAAUUCUCCAACCUUUGCUUCUUCUGCUAUCUUUCUUCAACCUCUUUCUUUCUUCUUCAACGUCGACGUGUGUCUGCAACAAACACAUACCUAUAUAUAUAUAUAUAUAUAUAUAUAUAUAUAUAUAUAUAUAUAUUCCUGCUUUUUUUCUUAAUCCAUCAAGAACUUACCUCAUCUUUAUUGUUCUUGAUUAAAACAUACAUAUAGAUAUGUUGGAAGAAGGAGGUGUAGUUGUGAACCAAGGAGGGGACCAAGAGGUGGUGGAUUUGCCUCCAGGGUUUCGGUUUCAUCCAACUGAUGCAGAGAUCAUAAUUCACUAUCUCAAAGAGAAGGUCUUCAACGUUCGAUUCACCUCGGCUGCAAUUGGUCAAGCCGACCUUAACAAAAACGAGCCAUGGGAUCUACCAAAAAUUGCAAAGAUGGGGGAGGAGUUUUACUUCUUUUGCCAGAGGGAUCGGAAGUACCCGACCGGCAUGAGGACGAACCGUGCAACCCUGUCCGGUUAUUGGAAGGCGACCGGGAAGGACAAGGAGAUUUUUAGAGGCAAAGGUUGUUUUGUUGGAAUGAAGAAAACACUUGUGUUCUAUAGAGGAAGAGCUCCAAAAGGUGAAAAGACCAAUUGGGUUAUGCAUGAGUAUCGUCUUGAUGGCAUCUAUUCUUAUCACAACCUCCCUAAAACCGCAAGGGAUGAAUGGGUGGUGUGUAGGGUUUUUCACAAGAACGCUCCUCCUCCCACUACUACAGCAACUACUACUACUACAAAUCAACUUACAAGGAUUGAUUCUCUUGACAACAUUGAUCAUCUCUUAGACUUCUCGUCUCUCCCUCCUCUCAUCGAUCCGGGUUUCUUGAGUCAGCCCGGCCCAAGCUUCUCCGGUGCCGGCCAACAACACGACUUCAAACCCAUCCCUCAUCACCCUACAACCGUGCAGAUCAACAACACUUACCCAUCAGCCCAAACCCUCACUUACCCUUAUAACUCGGUGCCAAAUUAUGGAUUUGGUUCUGGUUAUGGGACUGGUUCCGGCAACAAUAACAACGGUAUGAUCAAGCUGGAGAAUUCUCUGGUGAGUGUGUCUCAAGAAACCGGUUUAAGUUCCGAUGUGAACACAACCGCCACGCCGGAGAUAUCUUCUUCGUAUCCAGGGAUGGUGAAUACUGCGGCCAAUGCGGCGAUGAUGGAUGGUAACAAGACGUCCUACGAUGAUGAUGACUUGGGGAUCUUUUGGGACGACUACUAACUAAUUUGAAGGUGUUAUUAUUAGUUGUGAAUCUGUGAGUGGUACUGAUUACUUUGCUUAGUGAUUUUAAUCAGGGAAUUAGUUUGUUUAUAAAUCCACUUGGAUUAUUAGGUGUUCCUAGGCAAUGAACUUUAGGUAGACGAAAUUGUUUACUUAGUUUUUAGUUUUUAGUUUGGGAUAAAAAAAACUUUGUAAUUUGCAAUACAUUUCCUUGUGAUUAACUUGUAUAUAUAUACACAUAUAUAUUUCUUCGUAUGAUUUUAUAUCUUUGUUA